AUGGCCGUAGUCUCGAGAAAUUCCAAUGAUAUCUUCAGGCUCUCCUCCACCGUCCGGCACAAAGCUUUGCAGAAUCAGAAUUCAACCCAGCUCAACAAUUUUUUGGAUUUCGACGUGCUGGUAGCGAAUUGUAUUGACACCUUCAAGUCCGAUCCGCGGUACCGAAAUGACGUCAGAUUUCUCAAGAUUGGUUCCUCUAUUUUAGAUUAUAAAAGGGUGUUUAAAGAAAUGAAGGAGCACAUUCUCUGUACAAAAAAAGCUCUGAUUUCGUUUGCUUUGUUUAUGGAACAAGGCAGGUUCAUUGAUGCUUUUAUGAUACAUCAACUUGGGAUGUAUAGUCUCUUGCUUAGGGCUCGCUCUCUUUUAUUGAUCCCUUUCCACUCCGCAUUGCCAAUUCUCCUCUGCCGGCAAAGAGGAAUAUAUCUUCCGAGCUCUUCAAGAAAUACGUACCUUCUUACUGACAAAGGUUGCAAGAUUCUGGCAUCGGAUAGCAAACCUAGCUGCCUUCUUUCUGAAAUGGGCGUCACAAUUUUGCUAAUUAUUGGUACAAUUACCUUGAUUGUGAUCCGAAUCUCGUACGUUGUUUACUGUACCGGUAAACCCAGGUCUGGAAAACCUCUACCGCCUCUGAGUACUCUGAUCAUGGAGAAGUUUAAACCGAGAUAUUACGUAGCUGCUGCGACUGAUAGUAUGAGUCUUCAAAAGGCUCGUCUGCUGGAGGAUUCUUUGAUGGACAAGAUUUUGUGCAAUGGCCCCGGGACUUGUAUACCACUCUGCAUGAUCGCGUUCAUUUUUAAGGUUCUUGGGGUCAGGUGGUCAUCCAUCUUAUAUAUCGAGAGCAUAGCCAGAGUUAGGAGGCUAUCGUUGAGCGGAUUGCUUCUCUACAAACUGCAUAUGGCUGACCAGUUAUUUGUGCAAUGGCCACAGCUGAAGAGCAAAUAUCCUCGGGCUAAUUAUCUCGGCCGUCUU